GACUCCUCAUUUUGAGUAGAAGUCUCGCGUACUAAACGCGAACACUGUAAACUGUAAACUGUAAUAGCUACUUUUAUUGGCAAGGCGCCGCUCGAUCUCAUUAUCCAAAAAGCGGCUCCAAUUGGUGGUGCGCAAUACAGCGUAAGUAAGUAUCUAGAAAGAAGAUGAACCGGUGCACAAGUAGUAGGAUGAAACAAGUACAACAAGUGCUGGCUCUCACAUAAGUAAGUAAUCGAUAGAGGAUUCCACAGAAACAUACUUCUAGUUCAUCUAGCAUGACACGUAGCACCACGCCUGGUACGUAAAUGCAAGUAUGCAUCACACUAAAGUAGAGGCGUUUAUUGUUAUGGCGCCGAUUCAUAUGUUGUACGACGUAGGGACAUGCUUGUGCUUUUCGAAGAUUGUUUUAUGCGGAACAUCAUCAACACCAACUAACACGACAAACAUUCAGGAACGAACAAGCACCGUGCAGCUGUUGUACUUCGAAAUAAUCUGUAGUUGUUGGGCGCAGAAGUAGUGCUUUUUCUAGAACAAAACGUAUACUUUAGACAAUAGCCAAAGCCAUCACAAGAACUACUGGUCCAAGGCGGGACACCAGAAAGAUAGAAAGCAUUUACUAGCCACGAGAAGAUCCUGCGUUUUUGGAACACUUUUGUGCCGUUCGUUUCCACCGCUCCGGAUUGGAGUAAAUUCCUCCUUCUAUCUUGUAUCUUCGGAAGUGUUGUUCAUCUCAUUUCCGAGAGGACACAAUAUUAUGAAUUGAAAAGCCAGUCGAGUUCUUUAGGGUGGUGGACAAGGUUCUUCUGUUGUAGUACUAGUAGUUCUGCGAAAAGCACACCAAGUUCAGGCUGACCAUACGGAAGAUUAAAGUUUGUUCAGCAACAGACAUCAACUCUUCAGACUGCGUAUAAUUCUUGCAGCUGCUGCUUUUGUAAUUUCGGCAUCCGCAAGAAUCAGAAUCACGGAGACGAGACGUCGCACGGCGCAACUGACCACCCCUCCAUCUCGCCAAUCAUUUGGGCGGUUUUUCUUGAAGCAGAGUUAAGAAGUCGCUCCGCCAAGCAGUCAGCAAAGCACAACAUCACGACCACACCGGUCCAUCAGCGAGCAAGACCGAGACGAGGACCAAACUUCGCAACGUGCGCGGGAACAAUCAAGAACUCCUGAUCUUCAGGCGGGUCGACUUAUUUGUCGUGGAGAGGACGAUUUGCACUCCCGACCUUCCCUUCCUAGUUGCAGCGCUCGGACGCCGCAGCUGUUCGUGGUCGAGAGGAUCAAUCUUCUGACUGUCUUGGUGGAUUGUUUUCAACUUUAACACUCAAGAGCGCCAGGGCCGAGCGUGUUACUGAUUCAACCCAGGAAUCAUAGGACCAGGUACUUCUAGGGGCGUACUCUAUUUUUUGUUGUUUUUAACGGGAAGAACUUAAGACACUGAGAAAAUGUGUUCUCCGAAAAUCGAAAUCGAGUACUGGCACGUCGUUCAGAUUGCGAGGAUGUGAGAUGCUCGAUAUAAGUCAAGUUAGGAGCAGCACAUCCAAACCGCUUUUAGACGGAAUCAUACUUCUCUUAUACAUAAGCAUUUUUUGUUGGACAAACAAGCUUUUUCACGAAUUUUCAGGUGGUACCACACGGAAACAAGCAGUCUCCCUUCGGAAGACAGUUCUGGGCACGAGGACCAAGGCAAAAAUAGAGAGCGGACCUGUUGCGCCAUAUCCUACGUGUAGUUGUCCUGGGUCGUCGAUAGGAGCUCUGCGCUGCGGCCUUUGGCUUUCGAGCAAAAGCCGUCAUAGAAGGCGUACUGUUAAUACACACCCGUGAGCAGGAGCUGCUAAAAACCUAGCAUAUCCAGUGCUGGAAUCCUCGUCGAAACAGCAAGUAGCGACAAGAUGGUGUACCAGGACUAUGGCGGCGGUUACCACGACCAGGGAAAGAUGAAGAUGAACAUGGGUGGCGGCGGCAAGGGCAACAGCGGCAAGUAUGGCAACAGUCAAGGCGGCAAGUCACAGUCGAUGGGAAAGCAAAAUAACAAGGGCGGCGGCGGUGGCGGAAAAGGAGGCAAAAAUGAUUUCGGUAUGGAAUGUUUUUUCAGUUGUAAGCGAUUUUUCAUCCACAGUUAGCACUAAAACUUUUUGACGUCGUGGAGGCAGGAGAGCAAGGUUAGAGCUUACUAAGAUUUUCCUUUUGCUGGCAAUAGUUGUGACCAACUAGUACAAGGAUUUCUUUGCCUUUGCAAAGAACAAGACUUCCGCCGGGAAGUCAUGCCGGUUUUGGCGACAUUUAGUUUUACUUUUAGUUUGUUUCAAAAUGUAAAGCUGAUGUAUCUCUACCAAUAUAAUCAGGCGGGAAAUCAGGAGGUGGCAAGGGCGGGGGCGGCAAGGGCGGGAAGCAGUCAAAAGGCAACAACAAAGGCGGCGGCAAAGGAGGGAAGGGGAAAGGAAGUAUUGCUUGCGUUUUAGAUUGAAGGUUCAGAAUGAAAAAAGUCGGGUAUAAUAUUUCGGGAUCAAAAACAAAAUCACCGUGCAUUUGUAAUUGUAUCACAAACUACUUUGAGCAAAAAUCUGUUCCAUUUCUCGUCUUAAAUCAGAAAGCGGUGGCGGCAAGGGCGGGAAGCAGCAGAUAUGGAUUGCAAAAAUGUCUGGGUCUGGAAGAUUGCAACUUGUAAUGCUGUCUUUGGAUUCCAAAAAAAUGAAAAUCUGUAUUGCAUGACCAGCAACAGGACUCCAGUUUGUGUUACGCGGAGAGGGCAUUUCUCAUGCGGAACAGGCAUUAGGAAGCCCUCUAAAAAUCUGUGUUGCUAGAACAUGCAUUACAGGCAUCAGGCCUCAUGCGAAAAAUGCAUGACAAAUCGGGCAUUCUUCCAGACCCAGACACUUUUGCAUUUGAUAGCAGAGAAGUUAUUACAAUAACGACUACGAAGAGCAAUACACCGAGGAAGAGGAGAUGGGAGUAGACCCGAUGGCCGAGCCGGACGGUAGAUUUUGUACAAAGUUGUGAAAAACAAGAUGAGCCAUUGCUUUAGCACUAUUCAAACUUAAUCGACGAGGAGAAAGUGAGCAUAAAAUGAACUACUCUGGGUCCUCUGGUGGUAUGCUAUGGUCCAAUCCGAUCCCUGUUGUAACUGCAAGAAGAAGAAUCCGCCGUUAUGUUGGUCACAAACUAAAAUUGAAAUUGAUCUACAGAAGCGGAGAUAAUCGACAUGGCAAACGUGGACAUAGCGGCGCUCUCCCAGGAAUACGAAGCACAGGCUAUCAGACGGAAAUAAGCGUCGCUUCAGAAAUUCGAGCUGCGCCCUUGUCAUCAUGAAAUCUCUGCAGAAGCAGCUUUCGUACGCAGUCAGUACGCAUUUUUAAGAUUUUUUGCAUGUGAGUGCGUCCUUCUUGCAGCUUUUUUUGCAUUUUCCUGUCGUGAAGAAGAACUGGGAAUGGAGAGGUUUUUCUAUAAACAAGUCUCGGCCGGUCCCGGUGCUGCUGAAACGGCAAAGGACAUUGUAAAGACAAGGUACGGAGCCGGAGCAGAAUGCUUGUAAUAAAAAGCAAGUGUGCACAGCUAGAUUUUUCUUUCCUUGGCGAUACAGGAGAUACGAAGCAAGGAACGGGACAACGCCCUCACAACGUCCACGCUGGACUUCUGGAACUCAGUGGAGUAA